AUGCAACGACAUCCGGCGAGACAGGCGUUCGUAGAGGACGGCGACGAGGCUACAGAGAGAGGCAUAAGUCUGGCUGAACUGCCUAUUGAUCGCAACUAUGAUCUGCCUGCAGGGGCUGGAGGAGCUGCUCCAGAACGAGCCUCCGCUUUGUUGUCUCAGUUCGAUCGAAAACGAAGGGCAGCACAGCUGGCUGUACCCACGGACGAUGCGAAAGUUCGAAUCAGACUACGUGAGUUGGGUGAGCCCAUCACGCUAUUUGGCGAAGGACCAGCAGAUCGGAGGAACAGACUGAGGGAACUCAUGCUCGUUGAUGAAGAGGAACAUGGUGCUGCAAGUCCGGAUGUUCAGAUGCAAGAUGCUGAGGACAAUAUUGACCAGGAAGAGGAAUUCUAUACUGAAGGACUAAAAGAUCUUCUGAAAGCACGACAAGAGAUUGCCAGAUACUCCUUGCCAAGAGCGCAAGCUCGGGUAGCCAGGCAGAAAGAGGAGUCUUCUAUACCGUUACGGACACAUAUCAAGCAUCGCAAAGCUAUCAAGGAGAAACUGCAGGGCUUUGAGCUGUUCGGCACACAAAUCGCAGGCGAUCGUCCUGUGAGCAUCACAAGAUUCGCACCUAACGGAGAAAUUGUUGCUGCUGGUAAUUGGAGUGGAGGCAUCAAAUUAUUGUCUGUGCCGAACUUAGAAGAAAAAAGGUCGCUUCGAGGUCACACAGGAAUAGUGGGCGGUAUAUCGUGGUUUCCUGGAGCCACGCUGCCCUCAUCUGGUGUGUCAGAUAGCGUGCUAAACCUUGCUUCUGGUGGAGGAGGUCAGGGAGGCGCAAGUGAUAUUCACCUUUGGUCUCUCGAGGAAGACACACCAAUAUCGACGUUGCAAGGUCAUUCUGAUCGUGUAUGUCGUGUGGAAUUUCAUCCUUCCGGCAAGUAUCUAGCGUCAGCCUCAUUCGACACAACAUGGCGUCUUUGGGAUGUUGAAACCACUACCGAGCUCUUACUCCAGGAAGGUCAUUCACGGCAAGUCUACACCGUCGCAUUCAAUACCGAUGGGUCUCUGUUAGCAAGCGGCGGGUUCGACAGCAUAGGUAGAAUAUGGGAUUUACGAUCAGGCAGAACCGUCAUGAUACUGGAGGGUCACAUUCGAGAGAUCUACAGUUUAGACUGGGGCAUUGACGGAUAUCGAGUUCUGUCGGGCUCGGGCGAUGGCUGGGUCAAGUGCUGGGACCUUCGUGCCGUCAGAAAUAUCGGCGGUAUAGGAGCUCACAACGGCAACGUCUCCGACUUGCGCUGGUUCAAAGGCAUCGACGGCGAUAUGACCACCAAACCCGACGUGAGCAUGGAAAAUGGCGUGCGAAACGACACACAGCCUCGAAAAGCAGGCACGUUUUUCGUGUCAAGUGGUUUCGACAAGAACGUCAACAUAUACUCGGCUGACGACUGGGGGCUAGCAAAGCGGUUGAGUGGUCAUUCGGGGAACGUGCUGAGUGUGGAUGUGAGUUCGGAUGCGAAGUGGGUCGCCAGCAGUGGUCACGAUAGAACUGUGAAGAUUUGGGGACGGGACGAUGGAGAAGGUAUAUGA